CCCUUACCAAUCUUUCUUUUUUUUUUCUUCUUCUCUUUCUUUUUUUUAAUUACUUUUUCUUGAAAAUGUCUCUCGUUAACCGACCCAACAACAUCCUUGCUCAACAACGAUAUUUCCAAGCUCCUUCCAAUACUCCCUUGUUCCUUCGUGGUCCUAGAGAUAAGUUGUUCGUCUACGGUACUUUCCUCGUUCUCGGUACUGGUCUCAUUGGUGCUCUUUAUGGUACUACCCGUAUGGUCCGCGAUCUCAAGGACUAAAAGAUUCUUAUAUCUCGGAUAUUUCGUUAAUGUUUUUUAGUCAUUCUCUUAGAGUAUAGAAAGGUUUUUUUGUUUUAAUCUUUUUUUUUUUUUACCCUCAAAAGCAAAAAACCUUUUCUGUUCAUUAUACAACAUAUUACAAUCAAAAUAAAUCGUUCUUUUAUUGUCUCAA